GUCAACCGUAAAUUUUCGAGCGUACAUCUUGCGGGAAUAACAAGACCGCGACGCUUCUCCCUACGCAAAGCGAGGACGCGCGGAUCAGAUGUCGGCAGGAAGAUGUUGACGUUAUUCCAAACCUAAAGAUGAAUAUUUGUUUCUCUGUCGAGUCACGGAAAUAUUAAAGGCGAAGAAUGGGAAGCAGUAUAUGCGUUGUCUCGUAUGCUGAAAGCUUGGAGCGCAGACUUUUGUUUCUCGGCGAUAAAUUUAGAGGAGACUAGCUGCGUUGCAGCAACCUAGCUAGCCACAUCGCAGCCCUUUUUGUGGCCCUCAGCGCUCCCUCCCAGCUACACCUAGCAUCCCGUCGCUUGCACAACAAGGAAAAAUGGUUUUCCUGUUAAAUCCCAUAGAAAACCUAAGAGGCUACAUCACCAACCGUCCACCUCUGGUCAUUUUCAUGAUCAGUGUCAGUGCGGUGGCCAUCGCCUUCCUGACCAUCGGUUAUUUCUUCAAGAUUAAGGAGAUAAAGUCUCCAGAGCUCACAGAGGACUGGAACACGUUCCUGUUGCGCUUCAACGACCUGGACUUCUGCGUGUCGGAGAACGAGACGAUAAAGCACGGCCUGAACGAGUCGACCACCCCGGAGAGCCUGGUGGUGACCAGCGGCCAGGCCCGCUCCAGCACACAGCCCCCCCUGCUGUUGGAGGACUCGGGUCCCAUCAACAUCUCCGUCUCCAUCACCCUCACGCUGGACCCUGUGCGGCCGUUUGGAGGCUACUCCCGCAACAUCACCCACCUGUACGCCACAGUGCUGGGGCAGCAGGUCGGCCUGUCAGGCCGGGAAGCCCAUGAAGAAAUAAACAUCACGUUCACUCUGCCUGUGUCCUGGAACUCAGAUGACUGCGUGCUGCACGGCCACUGUGAGCAGGUGGUGUUCAGCACGUGCAUGACCAUCACAGCAGCCAGCAAUAUCUUCCCAGUCACAGUGCAGCCGCCGCACUGCGUCCCAGAGACGUACACCAACGCUACAUCCUGGUACAAGGUGUUCACCACAGUCCGUGACUCAGACACCAAGUACAGUCAGGACUACAAUCCCUUCUGGUGUUACAAAGGAGCUAUUGGCAAAGUGUAUCAUGCACUCAACCCCAAACUCACCGUCAUUGUCCCAGAUGACGACCGCUCCCUCAUCAACCUGCACCUGAUGCACACUAGCUACUUCCUGUUUGUCAUGGUCAUCACUAUGUUCUGCUAUGCAGUCAUAAAGGGACGGCCUGGCAAGGUGCGACAAACCAUCCCUGACUUCUGUCCUGAGAAGGUACAACAGACACCAGCAGUGCUUUAUGACCUCAACAGGUGGCGCUGUCAGAGGGUUAAAAAGACAGCAGAGAGCUCUGCCAGAGGUUACCUGUAACAUGGACUCAGAAACACAGAAGAAAUGAAAAAAAUCUACAUCCCAGUUGCCUAGUGAUCCCUGGAAAUACAUGAAGGGGUACAAACGCUCUGUGAAUGCAUUACUCUCGCAAUGUUGGGGUUUCUCCAACCAAAGAUAUACAAGUGCCUGUAUCUGUGGUGUAAAUAUUUGUUGGUUUUCUUGAUUAUUCUGUGCAAAAGCUCUUGUUUAUUUUUGUUUGGGAUUAUUUAGCCCCCCUUCCCUCCAUGUUCCCCAUGUGCCAUCCCAGGACCGCUAGAUAAACACAGAUGAAGGCCGGACUCAGUAACUUUACUGUGAAUUUUCCCUGGAGCCGCUUUUAAACUGAUCUUAAAAACUUGGUGGGUCAUUUGAAAUGUAGUUGAGUAGUUUGAGGUCCUCUCAGAUCAAACAGCGAGGAGAAUGAAAGAAGUCAGAAAAACAAUUUAACUUAUUUAUUUUACACCUACAAUCUUAAAGAAAAUCUCAUCCAUUAAUAUAUGGGUGGUAUCCGAUCAGUCCAAUCAUUUCUGCAUAUUUUGGGUUGACAAACAGAUUUCACCCAGAAAGCGUCUUUGCCUUAUUUUUCUCCCUCAUCACCUAUCUUGCUCCCAUUUCGCCUCACUUUGUGUAGUUUUUAGCGGACAUCUUUCCAGCUGCACCUGGAAACAUAACACAGUAACAUCUUGCCUUACCCGCGGUGGACCAGCUGAAAUCAGACGAGACCUGACCCACCUUCAUACCUUCACAGACCAAUGUUUGUUUUGGAUGUUUCCUGCUGAUUAUUAGGCCUGUUGUUGCUAAAUGACUGUCUGCUUUUCUUUUUGUCUUUGUUGUUCUAUUUAAAGCUCCAGUGUGUUGUGUAUAUAGUGACACCCGGUGGCAAAAUUCAGAAAUUGCAACAAAAUGAACACCCAGAAACUACGAAUCAGCGAAAGAAUAAUAAUUUUUACUUAUUUCUUCAUUUUUCCUCUUACCCCAAAAUGUCACACACUGGAACUCAAUAUUUAAACCAUCCAUCAAUUAUAGUUUUUGAGCCACUUGAAAGUGCAAUUUCACACCAGUUGCACAUCUUCAGUUUUUUUUUUUUGCAUAUUUGGAGCACCUUCAUAAUUCUGGCACAUUUUGUUUUAUUUUCAUUGAGAUCACAUGUAAACUGUCUCAAAUUCAAUAAACUGGUCUGCAUCUGUGUAAAAAAUGAUUAUAUUAACUUACUAGCUAGUGCUGUCAAAACGUAAAUCCAGAUUAAAUCAACCGCUUGACGGCAUCAUUCAGAGGCGGUGGUACAUUUAUGUCAGGGGCUAUUUAAAAAAAAAAAAA